AUGUAAAGUCACAGGCUCCUUGGCCUCUCUACUUCAGCAAACACGCUAAUAAAUCUCUAUCAAUGCCAGCAACACCACAAACACAAACAUUGACAAAGAAAUGAAGUACUCAUCAUCUAACCAUUCAGUAUCAUUCAGCGGAAAAUUCAUCGAAACAACAGUCACAAACAACCCUUCCGUGGCAGAUCACUGGCUCCGUUCAGUCCUCCUACACCAAAAAACCGCACAAAAAAUAAUCCCAGUUGGUUUCGACUGCAAGUUCAAUCCCCACCCUAUUCCAUCAAUGAGCAACAAGAUAGCAACAUUACAGUUAUCCAUCGAAACAAAAUGUCUUAUUCUGCAAUUAGUCCACAUGGACUGCAUGCCACAUUGUAUAAAAAAUUUAUUCGACGACAAAAGAGUUACUUUCUUUGGUGUUAGGGCUAAGGCCAAUGCCGCGAAGCUAUGUCGCGAUUAUGGCCUUAAAUUUUGGAGGAUUAUUGAUAUUCGGGACUUGGUCAAGAUUUGGUUUCCGAUAAGGUAUUCGGGGGAAUGUAGCUUGAAGGCGAUUGCUUAUGAUGUGGCUGGGCUGAAAAUGAGAAGGCGCAAGAAGAACUGUGGGAUUGAUUGGGAAGCCAGAGUUCUUGAUGUGGAGUUGAUUGAGUGUGCUUGUGUUGAUGCUUAUGCUUUGUAUAAGAUAGCUCAUGUGUGUUGUAAUGAUUUAGUAUGA